AUGUGGUUCGGAAGCGCUGAAAAUUUGCUUCUCCCUUCUGUUACCGAUUUGCAAAACGACGGCUUGAUAUAUUUCGAACAAGAAAAUGUUGUUGCCUCCAUUGUGGCGCUAGCCCUGGUCAUUGGAUCAGGCAGACUUUUAUCUCCUGAAAAUAAUGGUCAAAUUUCUGGAAGGAGUUUCUUAUGCUCAAAGCUCUUCAAUGAUGGAUCUGGUUGUAUUAAUGUAGAAGUUAGUGUGACUGCACAGUUGCUUCCAGAUGUUUCCGAUGCAGAAUUUUCUAUUGGCUCCGAUCAAACAAUUUACCUUAGUUCAGUAACAUCUAGAUUGCUGUUUCUUACUGGAGGACUAUUGGAAAAUUGA